GGUCUGCUUAAUUGGUAUCAGUCUCUUCUCCGCUCCCAUGGCGCCGGACCGGGUCGAGGCGAGCCCGUCCGCGCUUGACAACAGCCAGAGACUGACCACCAUCGGCGUCUCAUUAGACGAUCCCGACUCUGGUCAGUCAGCCGCAGAGAGCCGACCGCUCCGUUACCGCCGGAGCCUUCAAAUAUCUCCCGCGAGACAACCGCGAGAACAGGGCCGCCUUCUGGCUUCGCGCAUGCGCAGAGGGCCGAGCCGGUCCUCUUCCGGUUGCAAGUGGGAUGGGUUUCUCUGGAUGCGGAAGCGAGGCCGGAAGUGGUGUUUAGUGGGGAAUGGGGGGCGAGAUACACUGGCGGUCGGCACGUUCGGCGGGAGGUUCGUGGCGCUGGGCUGGAGGUCAAGGAUGCAUUCCAAGAAAGUUCUAAAGAUAUAUCACCAGCUCCAGCCAUAUAGUUGACCUAGCCAUGGAAAACCUUGUUGGAACCUUACUAGAUCAAAGCAUCAUUUGCCAUCUUAAAAAAUAUGCUUCCCAUCAGAAAGUAUCAGGAAUAAAAAUCUGAUAUAUACCACCACUUCAAGGAAGUUCCAGUGUCAGCCAACAGUUUAGCAGAUCAGCUAGUUUCUUUGAUCAUCAAGCAGACGUAGUCAGGCUGCCAACACAACAGAAGAAAAUGUCUCUGUAUCAGUAUUUUUCAUGUUAUGUGUGGGACCCAUUUAGUAGGUCAGGAAAUCAAUUUUGUGAGUCAUGAUGAACAUUUUAAAAAAAUGAGAUAUCAGAGUGCUUUGCAUAAAUCCUUUUGCCAGAAUUGUGCACCUUGCAUGGAAUACUAAGGUCAGUUUCAAUAUGUGAAAAGAUAUUUGUUGGAGGGGAUAUGAUGAAUAUAGUGUCCAUUGAUUGCUUAAGAAACAGUUUUUCAAUCAUUUGUCUCUUGAUGUUUGGUUUUCAUAACAAAAUGGCCGAUGUGCAGCAUAGUUGUAUAUUAUAACUUGGAACUGGAUAUAAAAUCUGAGAUGUUCAACGAGAUUCAGUUGCAAAUUAAAUGUUUUGGAAAGAUAUUAUCUAGGCUAUAAAUAUGUAUACACACAUACAUACAUAUUUGAGUUAGUGGCAAUUGUAACAUUCAAAAUUGCUUUUAAAAUGGAUCAUUUCUUUUUUAAAAGAAAGAGGAAUAAUGAAGCAAAAUAUGUAAAAGCGUGUUCAAGUUCUACCUCUGGAUCUGGAAGUGUGACCAGUGACAAUUAUGAGAAAAAUAUUGACUCUAAUCUGCAAACAUCGACUACAUUUGAACCACAUUUCAAAAAGAAAAAAGUCAGUGUUAGACGUUAUAAUGAAGAUUAUUUAAAAUAUGGUUUUAUCAAAUGUGAAAAACCCUUUGAAAGUAACAGACCUCAGUGUGUUAUUUGUAAUAAUAUUCUUGCAAAUGAAAGCUUAAAACCUUCAAAAUUAAAAAGGCACUUAGAAACACAGCAUACUGAACUUAUUGAUAAGCCUCUUGAAUAUUUUCAAAGGAAGAAAAAAGAUGUAAAGUCACCAACACCAUUUCAUAGCUAUUCUGUUGUCAGUGAGAAAGCCUUAUUAUCAUCGUAGUUGGUUGCAUAUCGUGUAGCAAAAGAGAAAAUGGCUUACACAGCUGCAGAAAAAAUUAUUCUUCCAGCAUGCUUGGAUAUGGUGCGUACAAUUUUUGAUGAUAAAUCUGCAGAUAGAUUAAAAACUAUUCCUAAUGAUAGCAUGAUAGCUCUUCGCAUUUGUACAGUUGCCGAGCAUUUAGAGGCCACACUUACUGCUCGAUUUCAGUCAGAAAUAGACUUUGCAGUUCAGUUUGAUGAAAGCACUGAUAUUGGAAGCUGCACGGCACUUUUAGUCUAUGUGAGAUACACGUGGCAAGGUGAUUUCAUGGAGGAUUUUUUGUGUUGUUUAAACUUAACCUCAUGCCUACGUGAAUUAGGUAUUUUCACAGAAUUGGAAAAGUGCAUUGUUGGUCACUAUAACUUAAGCUGGAAAAACUGCAAAGGAAUCACAAGUGACGGAACAGCAAAUAUAACUGGGAAACAGAGCAGAGUAAUUAAAAAGUUACUCGAGGUGACUAGUGCCAUGUGGAAUCACUGUUUUAUACAUCGUGAAGCAUUAGUGUCCAGAGAGAUCCCACAAAAUCUCAUGGAAGUAUUGAAAAAUGCAGUGAAAGUUGUUAAUUUUAUUAAAGCAAGCUCACUAAACAGCCGACUGCUUGAAACCUUCUGUUCAGAGAUUGGAGCUAACUAUACCCACUUACUGUAUCACACCAAAGUCCACUGGUUGUCUCAAGGGAAAGUAUUAAGCAGGGUUUAUGAACUCAGGAACAAGAUCCACAUUUUUCUCACCAAAAAGAAAUCUCAUUUGGCAACUAUUUUUGAGGAUGAUAUUUGGGUAAUGAAACUGGCAUAUUUAACAUAUUUUUGGCAUCCUUAAUGAACUCGGUUUAAAACUACAGGGGAAAAACAAUGAUGUAUUCCAACAGAUGGAACGGAUCCAAGGAUUCCAAAAGACAUUGUUGUGGCAAGCGAGACUGAAAAGCAACCAUCCUAGCUAUUACAUGUUUCCAAGAUUUUUGCAGCACAUAGAAGAGAAUGGUAUUUAAUGAGAAUAUUUUGGAGGAAAUAAAGGUAGAGAUACUGUUGCAUCUCACGUCUCUCUCUCAAACUUUUAACCAUUUCUUCCCAGGAGAGAAAUUAGAAACACUAAGACAAAAUUGCUGGGUAAAAGAUCCAUUUGCUUUUCGAAACCCAGAAUCAAUAACUGAGUUAGACCUGGUACCUGAAGAAGAGAAUGAAUUAUUGCAGCUCAGUUCUUCAUUCACAUUGAAGAAUGAUUAUGAAGCAUUAUCAGCAUUUUGGAUUAAGAUAAAGGAAGACUUUCCUUUGCUAAGUCUAAAGAGCGUCCUGCUACUAUUACCAUUCACGACAACUAGUUUGUGUGAACUGGGGUUUUCAGUCUUAACCCAGUUAAAAACAAAGGAAAGGAAUGGAUUCAGUGGUGCAGCAGAAAUGCGGGUAGCACUGUCUUCCUGUGUUCCAGACUGGAACAAGCUCAUGAGCAGGCAGGACACUCCCCACAUUAAAUCAGUUUGACCCGGUUUUUGUUUGCGUUUCAUAUUUUGUGAUCCUUUCCUGUGUUGUAUUUAAAUGUUAAUAUAGCAGUGUAUGUGGUAACCUAUGUUUUAUUUUUGUUAUAUUUAAAUACUAAUAAAAUCAUAAUUUUAUGUCCAUUGAA